AUGAACGGAAAUUUACCGGAAGCCUCAGACUUGGAUGCAGUCGACUAUGACCCCAUAGAUCAUUUGAACAUCCUCUUUUCCCAUCCGUCCGCCGUAUCGUCUAUUAGCGAAGUGUCAAAGACCCUACAGAGCCACCAGAAUGCGCUGUCCAACGAAAUCUCGGCCCUGGAGACUGAGCAGGCUUACGGGCCUGACUCCAGUUUGGAGCGCAUGCAAUCGGCACAAGCUGAGCUCGCCCAGCUUUUCCGCAAGAUAGAGACGGUGCGGUCACGAGCGAUCGAGACGGAGCAAAACAUCACAUCCAUGACGGCCGAUAUUAAGAGACUUGAUGGCACAAAGCGCAACCUGACACUGAGCAUGACGGCCCUCAAGCGGCUACAGAUGCUGACGACAGCGUAUGAGCAACUCAGGGGGCUGGCCAAGACGCGACAGUAUCGAGAGUGUGCAGGACUGUUGCAGGCUGUACUUCAGCUCAUGAAGCACUUUAAUAGUUACCGGAGCAUUGAGCAGAUUGCGACGCUCAGCAGAGGCGUGGCUGAGCUGCAGCGGGAGCUCUUGGAGCAGGUCUGCGAGGACUUUGAGAUGGCAUUUGCAAAAAGCGAGGUUGGCGCUCGCAGGGGGACACUCGUCGAAGCAUGCCUCGUCAUGGAUGCCCUUGGGGACUCGGCCAAGGCUCGUCUCAUGACAUGGUACGUCAACACAGAGCUGCGAGAGUACCGACAGGUCUUCCGCGGGAACGACGAGGCUGGCAGCCUGGACAACAUCGGACGGCGAUAUGCAUGGUUUAAGCGGAUGAUGAAAACCCACGAUGACGAGCACGCCAUGAUCUUUCCUCCUCACUGGAGGGCCAACGAGACGUUGGCGACGGCGUUUUGCGACGGAACUCGCGAUGACUUCAAAGGUAUCCUGGAGCGGAGUAUGCGGCGAACCGAUGGCAACAAGAUUGACGUCAACCUACUUCUGAGCUGUCUUCAGGAGACGCUGGACUUUGAGCAGAGCCUCGAGAAGCGGUUCGCGACGUCAUCGAGAGCGAGCAUUGAUACGCUUGGCUCGGUUGAAGAGAAGACGCAUAGCUUUCACGGACUCAUCUCUGUUGCGUUUGAGCCGUACUUGAGCUUAUGGGUUGAGUCGCAGGAUAAGCAGCUUGCGGCCAUGAUACCAAAGUACCGCAACCAGCCGCUCAUCCCGCCGGACGAGGAGUUCUCCCCUCAAGCUGUCAUGACGUCUGCGAUCGAGUUGUUUCACUUCUACAAACUCACGCUGUCACAAUGCGCGAAGCUAUCCACUAGCGAGCGUCUCCUUGACCUGGCCAAGACUCUUGCCAAAUACCUGGAUGAGUAUGCACAGCAAGUUCUGCUAUACAGGCUGCAGUCAGGAGGCCCCCAAGGUCCCCCGAUCGAAGAUGUGGUGCUUGUUCUAAACACAGCAGACUUUUGGCACGUCAACACCAGUCAGCUCGAGGAGAGCAUCAAAAAGCGUAUUGAUAGCGAGCUUGUGCCCAAGGUAGACCUAUCGUCGCAAUCGGAUGCCUUCCUAGGCGUGGCGAGCGCAUCUGUGCUGGCGCUUGUACGAGCAGUGGAGGUGGACUGCGAGGGUGUCUGGCGUGAGAUGAAGAACACCAACUGGAGCACAAUGGAGAGCGUGGGCGACCAGAGCUCGUACGUAGGAGAGCUGGUGAAGCAUGUGGAUGGUAAGGCAGCAGAGAUUCUCGCCGUUGUCUCGAAGCAGCAGUAUGCCAGGGCGCUCUGCGACAAUCUGGUGGAGCAUCUGGCGACAGGCUAUCUCAGUAGCAUUGUGCAGUGCCGGCCUAUCUCUGAAGUCGGCGCAGAGCAGAUGCUACUGGACAAGUAUGUUCUCACCAAGGCGUUUGAGAAGCUGCUGCUACACCACGCGUCGUUCUCCGGACAGGACGCACCCCCAUCGAGCUUUGUACGGAGAGUUCAACAUUGCAUGAGCCGCUUUGACCCCUUGCUCAAGACAUUGCAAGUGCGGCCCUCACCACCAGAGGGAUUGGUGCAGGCGUACUUGAUUCACAUCGCGGACCGAUCCGAUACCAACUUCAAGAAGAUCUUGGAGUUGAAGGGCGUUCGCAAAGCAGAUCACGCACAUCUCAUCGAGCUCUUUGGCAUUCACCGAGACAGCACGCCUAAUGAGAAGUUGGUGGCUAGCUCACCGCUACUGGCGCCUCUCAUGACCUCGUCAAGCUUGGGUAGCAGCGUCGGCGCUGGUGCUUUGGGUUCCAUGAACCCGACUAUGGCAGCAGCAGUAAGCCCACGGUUCGAGGCAGGAUCACUGGGCGAGAAGUUGCUCAGUGCGGCUAGGGAUAUCAGCCAGAGCAGCACGGGCAUGGGAGGCGCAGCAGGACAGACAGGACUGGAGAAGGCUACGAUUAACGAGAACCUUCGCAACUUUGGCAAGUUCUUCAAGAGGGAUAUUGGAGCACUAGGCGCGAGGUUUGGAAAGCGAGACGGCAGCGUGGGAGCUGACGAAGGACAGCGUUAG